UACAUUUAUGUUGUGCUUUCCUCCCAGGGUCAGCUGUCCCCUGAGAGGCUGUUAUGGAGCAGCCUUAUCUGCGCUCUGCUGGGUUACGGACUGCACCAAGCCCUGAUGUCUCAAGUGCAGUCGGGCUGUGAGCCGCGGACCCGUCUAGCUGACUUACAGAGUGCCACUAUUUUUCUUUCCUUUACCUUUGGCUUCUCGCCAGUUCUGAAGACACUAACAGAGUCUGUGAGUACCGACACAGUGUACGCCAUGUCUGCCAUGAUGCUGCUUGCCCACCUGGUGUCGUUCCCUUACGCCCAGCCCUCCCCCCCAGGCAGCCUCUCCCUGAAUGCAGCCCUGUUUGCCUCUGUGUGUUUGGCCUCUAGGUUACCUGGGGCUCUGCACACCUUCGCCAUGCUCAGCUGUGCCCUGCUGGUGUUUGCCCUGUGGCCCUGCCUGCUGCAGAGGCUCAGGGAGAAAGCCCCGAGCCACUUCACAGGGGUGUGUGUAGGAGUGUGUUUCGCGGGAGUGGGUGGUCUGGGGUCCCAGUGGCCAGGGGGGGCUGUGCUCUUAGCCCUGGCCUUGGGGAGUGUUACAUUACUCUGCCCCCUGCUGCUAGUUAGACUGCAGAGGCACAAGGACAACAUCCACGGACCCUGGGAUGAGGCUGAGAUUCAAGAGGAUCUCAGUCACUUCCUUCACUAAUGGACACAGCCGAGAUAAGCACACAGGUGUAUAGCUGACAUUUAAAGCUGCAAGACAACUGAGAAUUGUAUAUGGAUAACUGUCAGUCUGCAGUAUUAUGCUGCUGCUUUCAACUGACAAAUGUUAACUUUGGUCCACAUCUGACAGCCAUUACAACUUUUUAUACUUUUACAGUGAAAACUAAGAUGUUUUUAAUGCUGCUACUGUCUUUAAACUGUUGAUCUCAGACAUGUAAUGGAAGAUAUCAACUGACAUGCAAUGGUAACUUACAUUACUGGAUAUUCCAGUUUCGCUUGCACCAAUUUAAUAUAAGUGUUAUGUCAAUAUAUGUGGGGGAUGUUUCUAUGUUUUUAUAGAUUGUGUACAGUUUGAUGUUGUUAACAAAUGGACAGAUCCAAAGUGUUUAACCCAGGGAAUUGCAAAAUAUGUUACAAUGAAACAUUUGAAGUUAAAAUGAAGGGCAAUAAAGAAAGUUUAACCC